CUUUCCGCACUUCGCGCGAGAUUCCACGAGAGGAUAAGUUGAGGGAACAUGGCGACGCCUCAUCUGCUGAAGAACAAAGGCUCCCUGCAGUUUGAGGAUAAAUGGGAUCUGAUGCGUCCCAUCGUCCUGAAGCUCCUGAGGCAAGAGUGCGUCACAAAACAGCAGUGGUUUGACCUGUUCUCAGACGUUCAUUCAGUUUGUCUGUGGGACGACAAAGGUCCGGCUAAGAUCCACCAGGCCCUCAAAGAGGACAUCCUAGAUUUCAUCAAACAAGCACAAGCACGGGUGCUGAGCCACCAGGAUGACACGGCGUUGCUGAAGGCCUACAUUGCAGAGUGGAGGAAGUUCUUCACGCAGUGCGACAUCCUGCCCAAACCCUUCUGCCAGCUGGAGAUCACUCUGAUGGGGAAGCAGGGCAGCAACAAGAAGUCCAGCGUGGAAGACAGCAUCGUGCGGAAGCUCAUGCUGGACACCUGGAACGAGUCCAUCUUCUCCAACAUUAAAAACAGACUUCAAGACAGCGCCAUGAAGCUGGUCCACGCCGAGAGGCUGGGAGAGGCCUUCGACUCCCAGCUGGUGAUCGGAGUUCGGGAGUCCUACGUAAACCUGUGCUCCAACCCUGAAGACAAGCUGCAGAUCUACAGAGACAACUUUGAGAAGGCAUACAUGGACUCCACCGAGAGGUUCUACAGAACUCAGGCACCGUCCUACCUCCACCAGAACGGCGUCCAGAACUACAUGAAAUAUGCAGAGUCGAAGCUGAGGGAGGAGGAGAAACGCGCUCUGCGAUACCUGGAGACCAGACGGGAAUGCAACUCCGUGCAAGGAUUGAUGGAGUGUUGCGUCAACGCGCUCGUAACGUCAUUCAAGGAAACCAUCUUAGCCGAAUGUCCGGGAAUGAUCAAAAGAAACGAGACGGAGAAGCUUCAUCUGAUGUUCUCGCUGAUGGACAAAGUGCCGAGCGGCAUCGAGCCCAUGCUGAAGGACCUGGAGGAGCACAUCAUGAGCGCAGGCCUGGCGGACAUGGUUGCUUCUGCAGAAACCAUCACCUCUGACUCAGAGAAAUACGUGGAGCAGCUGCUGACGUUGUUCAACCGCUUCAGUCGGUUGGUUAAAGAGGCGUUCCAGGACGACCCGCGCUUCUUAACCGCCAGAGAUAAAGCUUACAAAGCGGUCGUCAACGAUGCCACCAUCUUCAAACUAGAGCUUCCAAUGAAGCAGAAAGGGGCGGGCCUGAAGACUCAGCCCGAGUCCAAGUGUCCAGAGCUGCUGGCCAACUACUGCGACAUGCUGCUGAGGAAGACUCCGCUCAGCAAGAAGCUCACCUCCGACGAGAUCGAGGCCAAGCUCAAGGAAGUGCUUUUAGUGCUGAAGUACGUCCAGAACAAAGACGUCUUCAUGCGCUACCACAAAGCUCAUCUGACCCGCCGGCUCAUCCUGGACAUCUCUGCCGACAGCGAGAUCGAGGAGAACAUGGUGGAGUGGCUCAGGGAAGUGGGAAUGCCAGCUGAUUACGUUAACAAGCUGGCGCGGAUGUUUCAGGACAUCAAGGUGUCGGAGGAUCUCAACCAGUCCUUUAAAGAAAUGCACAAACACAAAAAGCUGGCGUUACCGGCCGACUCUGUCAACAUCAAAAUCCUGAACGCGGGGGCGUGGUCGAGGAGCAGCGAGAAGGUCUUCGUUUCUCUGCCCACGGAGCUGGAGGACCUGAUCCCGGAGGUGGAGGACUUCUACAAGAAGAACCACAGCGGCAGGAAGCUUCACUGGCAUCACCUCAUGUCCAACGGCAUUAUCACGUUCAAGAAUGAAGUGGGUCAGUAUGACCUGGAGGUGACCACGUUCCAGCUGGCCGUGCUGUUCGCCUGGAACCAGCGGCCCAGAGAGCGGAUCAGCUUCGAGAACCUCAAGCUGGCUACCGAGCUUCCCGACGCAGAGCUGCGGCGGACUCUCUGGUCUCUGGUGGCGUUCCCCAAACUGAAGCGGCAGGUGUUGCAGUACGAGCCGACGGUGUCCUCGCCUAAAGACUUUGCAGAGGGAACGCUGUUCUACGUCAACCAGGAGUUCUCGCUCAUAAAGAACUCGAAGGUUCAGAAAAGGGGGAAGAUCAACCUGAUUGGUCGGCUGCAGCUCACCACCGAGCGAAUGAGGGAAGAGGAGAACGAGGGCAUCGUCCAGCUGAGGAUCCUGAGAACGCAGGAGGCCAUCAUCCAGAUAAUGAAGAUGAGGAAGCGCAUCAACAACGCCCAGCUGCAGACGGAGCUGGUGGAGAUCCUGAAGAACAUGUUUUUACCGCAGAAGAAGAUGAUCAAAGAGCAGAUUGAGUGGCUGAUAGAUCACAAGUACAUCAAGCGGGACGAGACGGACCUAAACACCUUCAUCUACAUGGCGUAGCGCGGCGUUGGCGUUGGUGGCGCCCGCGUGCUUUCAGCCUGACGGACACCAGAACACUUCCAGGCUCCCGUCCUUUGAGAGAGAAACUCACGAGCAGGGAAUCCCAAGCUGUGACACAACCAGGUGGAACUCCUGCCAAUACCUGUACAGAGAUGAACGAGGCACUACAGGGGGGGGGCUGCGCCAAGUGGUUGUUUUUAGCUCUCCUGAUCGCACAAUUCAAAAAAAAAACAAAACCAGAGGAGCUCAAAUGAUCCACAAUUAUAUUUGAAGAAGCUCCUCCCCUCUGCACUUGAAGGCGGAGCCUCCACAUCAUGUAGUUGUUUAAUGAAGUCAGGAAAACUCCUUCAGGAUCAUGAAGCUGAACCUGAAACUCAACAGGGAUCUCACACAAAGUGGAAUUCGUCCAAUGAAAACGCGCCCUGGGAUAGAGGUGGGUGUGGCCUCUCACCUGUGGGAGGAGACUGAGGUCAGUAUUACUCAAUACUACAAACGUGAACGCUGCAGAGUGACGACAGAAGAAUGGAUGAAUCAAUAAACAGCACCUUAUUUUAAACUAAAA